AAAAAAAAGAAAACUCAAAGAAGAAGAAAAAAGGAUAAGAAAGUGAAAUUGGAAAAUCGAUAACAAUUCGAUCGAUUCAUAAUGAACAAUUUCGAUUACGACGAAGAUGAUAUUUAUCUUCGAAAACGAAAACAAAAAGAAAAACCACCUUUAUGGGACUCCUUUCAGGACCCUCCACCAAAAAAAGCCACUGGCUCAGCUGCCAGUUGGAAUAAACUCACAUUAUUGCUGCAGGUUUUUAAAGUUCUCGUCUACAUUUUGGUGUUUGGAAUAGUUCUAGGCUCAGCUGUGAUAUCGAAACUCAGCUAUUUGCUGAUGGUGGCACAAAUACCUUCGGGCUCUAAAGUGAAAUAUUGUGAUAUCAGACAUCCAAAAAGAGAACUUUAUGCACGAAUACCCGAUGAACAGCAAAUCGCCUGGAUUUGGGCGUUGAUAUUCGCUUUUUCUGCACCGGAAGUGUUUACAUUCUUUCGUUCGUUAAGAAUUUGCGUGUUUAAAGAUGUAAAAGCACCAACAUGGCUGGAAGUGUAUUUGGUUGUUGGAAUGGAAUUGCUUCAUGUUGUUGGUUUGGCUGUGUUUACAUUCGUUGCACUACCAGCAAUGGAUUCUUGCAAAGCUCUGAUGGUAACUAAUGCUGUUUGUUUAGUUCCAGCAAUUUUGUGCUUCCUCGGUGGACCGAAAUGCUACUGGAAAUCCAUAAUUAAAUCAUCCCUUAGCCUUCUAGCGCUAUUUUGUCAGGUAACAGCUCUCAUAAUCUGGCCAGCCAUUGACAACAAAUUAGCCAUUCAAAUCCUUUCGCUGCCUUUGCUGCUCAUCUCGUUACGAUGGUGGGAGAAUUAUAUCGACCGUUUUUCCUUCAUUGCUUAUCUGACGAAAACCAUUCGAAGGACGAAAUCACGUUACAAUACCUACUUGUUUUUGUCCCCGCUUAAAUGUAUCCUCUUUGCGCUAAGUGCGUUCGUGCUUGAUGGCCGAAAAUUCACGACAUAUUUUACAGAAUUUCUCACUGGUUUGAGUCUACAUGAUAUAUCCAUCAAUCAGAGUUCGGCCAUUUACUCAGAUGUUCAUCAAAGUCGUCCGACAUCGUUGUCGUCCAGCUCAACGACAACAACGACAUUACUGCCAUUGACAUCAACACUAAUGACUCCAUCAUCAUCAUCAUCGUUGGAAGAUGAAUUUGUUGUCCAAUCAAAUUCAUAUGUUAUCGUUUACACGCUCAUAAUUCAAAUUGUUUCGUCAUACCUUUGUUAUAUUUUUGCCAAGUUUGCGUGUAAAGUCAAAAUUCAGGAAUUUAGCUUCUCGAUGUCGGUUAGUGUUGUCGGACCGGUGUCGUUGGCAGUUCUUGUCAUUGUUGCCAGUGCUAGGGAGGCAGAUGUGUGUGCAUUUCAUGACUAUAUACCGGACUAUUUGGCAUUUCGUAGCUUGCCUAUUUAUCGGUUUAGUGAGUAUCUGGAGAAGGAUUUCGUUUGGUUGGGUUUGCUGUGGUGGGCUUCACAGCUUUGGGUAACUUAUCAUAUUUGGUAUCCGAGGAAUGAUAAGAAUGCUCCGACGGAGAAGUUAUUUGUGUGUCCAUGGUAUUGUGGAUUGUUGGUCGAGCAGUGUAUUACUAUGAAUCGAAGGAGAAUCGAUUGGAAUGAAGAGUGUGCGACUUUGAAGAAUGAUACAUUUACACCAGUUGCACCUGUGAAUAUUGAUUCGGAUAUCUUGCCACAAGAUACAAUACCACAGCUUAUUAUUUGUGCAACAAUGUGGCAUGAGACACAAGAAGAAAUGAUGGAGUUCCUCAAGUCGAUUGUACGUUUGGAUGAGGAUCAAUGUGCUCAUAGAAUGGCAAAAAUUCACAUUAACAAGGGUAAAGAGGAUGAGGAAUAUUAUGAAUUGGAAACAAACAUCUUCUUCGAUGAUGCCUUCGAGCUAGAAUCGAAAUACUGCCAGGACCCAAAGAAUCCGCCCCUAAAUGAAUUCGUAAAACUUCUCAUCGAGUCCAUUGAAAAGGCCUGCUUCGAAGUCUACGGUGUCCCAAUGAAACUCAAACCACCAAUGAAAAUUGAAACGCCCUAUGGCGGUCGUUUGGUCUGGACUCUGCCUGGCCGGACAAAAAUGAUUGCCCAUCUAAAGAACAAGGACAAAAUAAGGCACAAGAAACGUUGGUCACAGGUCAUGUACAUGUAUUAUUUGUUAGGAUUCCGUAUAAUGGAACUGGAGAAUGCCUCACCCAGGCGAAAGACCGUCAUCGCAGAGAACACAUUCAUUUUGGCUCUAGACGGUGACAUCGACUUCCAGCCCCAGGCUGUACAGCUGCUUAUCGAUCGAAUGAAGGCCAUUGAUGAAUUGGGUGCUGCUUGUGGUCGCAUUCAUCCAGUUGGCCGUGGUCCAAUGGUUUGGUAUCAGAAAUUCGAAUACGCUAUCGGGCAUUGGUUGCAAAAGUCAACAGAGCAUGUUAUCGGCUGCGUCCUCUGUAGUCCGGGUUGUUUUAGUUUGUUCCGGGGGAGCGCCUUAAUGGAAAAUAGUGUGAUGAAAAAAUAUACAACGGUAUCACAGGAGCCCAUGCACUAUGUGCAAUAUGAUCAAGGAGAAGAUCGCUGGCUGUGCACCUUGAUUUUGAAACAAGGUAUGCGGGUUGAAUAUUCAGCUGCUUCGGAUGCCUAUACUCAUUCGCCGGAGAAUUUCAAUGAAUUUUAUAAUCAACGUCGACGUUGGGUGCCGUCGACUAUAGCGAAUAUUUACGACUUGCUGUCGGAUGCGGAUAUGGUAGUGAAGAACAAUAGCAGCAUAUCAAUGCCGUAUAUAGGGUAUCAGUUUAUGUUGCUGGUGGGGACGGUUCUUGGGCCGGGGACGAUAUUUUUGAUGAUGAUUGGUGCGUUGGUUUCGGUGUUUAGUAUCGAUAUAUGGACGGCUUUUCUAUGGAAUUUUUUCCCUCUGUUGGUAUUUGUGUUGGCUUGUUUGUACUUAAAACAGAAGUAUCAGUUACUGAUAGCCUUCGUAGUUAGUACAGUUUAUUGCCUAGUCAUGAUGGCCGUUCUCAUAGGAAUCAUCAUACAAAUGCUAGAGGAUGGUAUCUUUUCUCCAGCAACAUUGUUCUUUAUAAUCGUUGCUGGCCAGAUAGUUAUAGCUGGUUUGAUGCAUCCUCAAGAGGCUGGUGCUUUAUGGUGUGGAUUCAUCUAUUACAUCACUAUACCAUCAAUGUAUAUGUUACUUCUUAUUUAUUCCAUUUUCAAUAUGAAUGAUGUAUCCUGGGGAACAAGAGAAAAAAAAUCCGAAAACGAUGGACAGGCUAAGUCAGAUGAAGCAGCAAAACAGUCAAACGAUGUUAAAGUGAAUAAAUUUCAACAAAUGUUCGCAUUCCUCAAACCAACUAACCAAGAAGAAGGGUCAUUCGAUUUUUCAUGUGCUGGAUUAUUUCGUUGCAUGUUUUGUACACAUCCAAAGUCUAAUGCUGUUGAGAAUCAACUAAUGGUUGUUAUAUCGAACUUGGCCGAAUUGAAUAGCAAAAUUGAUGUUUUGGAAGACAAAGUUGUAAAAGAAUCCAAUAUGGAGAAUAAAGUGACGGAGAAAGAAGACCAUACAGAAGCUAUUACAUUGGACCAAAAUAGCGAUACAGAAAUAGACUUGGAUUACAUGCCUGGUUGGGUGAAUGACCCUCUUCUAGUUGACUCUCCUAUUGGAGAAAUACCUCUGGCAGAGAAACGUUUUUGGCGUGAACUUAUCAAGAAUUAUUUGAAGCCAAUGUUUCAUACCAAAGAGAAAAAGGAUCAAAUUGCUGCGAGUUUACGUGAACUUCGUAAUAUGUUUGCAUUUGCUUUUGUCAUGAUCAAUUCGUUAUUCGUCCUCAUUGUAACUUUGUUACAAAUAAAAAAGGAAUAUCUCCACGUCCAGUGGCCAGUUAGCCCGAAAGAUUUCAUAUCCUACGAUGAAACUCAUUUGCAAGUUUAUGUUUACCGACAAUAUCAAGAAUUAGAUCCAAUUGGUUUAUGUUUUGUUGUGUUUUUCGGUUUGAUAUUGAUAAUUCAAUUUAUUGCAAUGUUUUUUCAUCGUUUUGCAACGGUAUCGCAAUUAUUGGCAGCAACUAAAUUGGAUUGGUUAGUUAGUUCUUCGAAAUCAGAAGAUGAUGCUUUGCAAGAAAUUCGAGGUAAUGCUGUGAAUAUUUCAAGGCAGUUGCAAAGACCUAAACGGAUGGAUGAUGAUGAGAAUGAAAAUGAGAAUGACGAUGAUAAUGAUGAUGAAGAAGGUGGAACAUCUCGUCGGCAAACUAUAUGCAAGUUGCAUGAACAUCGUGAGAAACAUCAACAGGAUUAUAGUGAUUUGGUGAAGAAUUUUGAAAGCAGAUUUUAUGGUGAAGAUGAACUGAAAGUGAAAAAUAUUUCAAUGAGUCGCAAAUCAAUAAUGCUCCUUAAUGAGACUAGAGAUGAAGCAAAAAGACGCAAAACCGAGCAAAUGAAACGAAGUCAAAUUUUCAAUCUCAAUGGAGGAUACGAUAAUGAAGCAUUUGAUACACCAUUUUAGUACAACUGCAAAAAUAACACUUUAUUUCGAUUAAAUUUAAUUAAAUAUUAAUGUUAAAAGUUCCUUCCUAGAAAUGGAACAAAGCAAAAAUGCUUUAA